UUGCAAGUAAUUUAUUGCAGUUCUUACCAUCUUGUGAAUUGCUUCAGGCUAAGUGAAGUACCGGUGUGUCCAUAUUACGAAACGGGGCAUUGUGAUAAAGGCAAUCUUUGUCCAUUUGUACACGGUGAUAUCUGUGAUCUUUGCAAUGUGCCAUGCUUACAUCCGGCUAACGAGGGGCUUCGUGCGGAGCAUCGGCGCGAAUGUAUCGCGGCUCAUGAAGCCGCUAUGGAAGAAGCGUUUGCCGAAGCGCGCUCUGCUGAUAAAGUUUGCGGCAUUUGUAUGGAAAAUAUCAGGGAGAAGAACGUACGUUUUGGUAUUUUAGAAGGUUGCAAACACUGUUUUUGUUUGGAUUGUAUUCGGCAGUGGCGCUCCAAUCAGAACCAUCAUUUUGAGAAGAAGACGGUCCGUAGUUGCCCGGAAUGUCGCACUCAUUCUGAUUUUGUUAUUCCCGCGAAAUAUUGGGUGGAGGAUCCAGCGGAUAAGAGCAAACUGAUUGCCAAAUUCCGUGAGAAUACCAAACAGAAGUUGUGCAAAUAUGUGAAGGGUGGACGCAUCGGUAAUUGCCCAUUUGGAAACAAGUGCUUCUACAAACACGUAACGCCGGAUGGAACAGUGGUGGAAGGGGACAGCCCGCGCACUCUUCGAAGGUACCAAACCAGCGAUGUUGAUUUUGGAAAAUAUAAGUUUGUUUGCGAAAGAAAAAAUGCCGUUUUAAAAAAGUCGCCGCUUAAUAUAAGUGCACAUAAAUCCCUUUGUGUACUAUGGAAUGGGACGGGAGCUAUUCUUUUCGUCGUUUUUAUCUUUGCGGGAUUGUUUAUGAAAGCGCUGUGCCCAUCUUCUGGGAUCUCACUGGAUAACUGGCAGAUCAUUUCUGCCAUAUUUUAG